UCGAGGAUUCGAUUCGAGGGUGCAAAACCGAAGCCGACGCUCCCGAUGGAGCAAGUCACCCGCUAGAGGGAGCCGAGCGUUCCCGUCGUUGCCGCCGGCGGGCUGGAGGUAGGAUUCCAAUCCGCAUCCCCCGAAUCCCCCGCGGACCUCGACCCCUUCCCCCCGCCGCGCGACCGGCGGUCGCCGUCAUGUCCCCCUCUCUCGCGCUGGCGCAUUCCUCACUCCCGUUCCCUUCGCGCCGCGCGCUCCCCACCCAGCUGCCCCGCCGCCUCGCCCCCAAACACCCGUCCCCUUGUGCUUAUGGUCUCCUCCUCGACGGUACGCUCCAGCGGCCGCUCCGCACGCCUCGACGCCUCGCCGUCUUCGCCAGUGCUUCGGCGGCGUCCGCUGUGGUCCCGCCGCAUGGAGAGGGAGGUGGUGGCACGGCGGCGGGGCGGAAGCGCACGGGGUACCGGAACCGGUUCCUGGACCUGGCGCGGCUUGGGGCGGUGGCGGAGGGCUCGGCGGAGGCCUUCUUCCGCAGCGAGAUCCGCCGCCGGCUGGCCGUCACUGCCGCGCUCAUCGUGCUCAGCCGCGUGGGCUACUUCAUCCCGCUCCCAGGGUUCGACCGCCGCCUCAUCCCAGACUCUUACCUCAGCUUCUCCCCGCUUCCUGCAGAUGACCUAGGUGAUUUCUCCUCAGAAUUGAAGCUUUCGUUUUUCCAGCUGGGGAUCAGUCAUCAAAUUUCAGCAUCUAUUGUCAUGCAGGUUCUCUGUCAUGUUCUUCCAUCACUUGAAAAGCUCCGCAAGGAAGGAUUAGACGGACAUGAGAAGUUAAAAGGCUAUAUAUGGUGGCUUUCUUUGUGUUUUGCAACUGUGGCUGCUUUUACUGUGUCAUGCUAUUCCCUGCAGUAUUCAGUAUAUGCUGCAAGUUACAGGGUUAAGCAUAUAAUUAUAACAAGUCUUUUGCUUGUUCUUGGUGCAAUGUCAAUGACAUGGAUUUGUGACACCAUAACAGAAUCUGGAUUUGGACAUGGUUCAUCUUUGAUUAUCUGUGUGGGAAUUUUGACUGGCUACACAGAUACACUACACAAGAUGAUAACUCAGUUUUCAGGGAAUUUUUCCUAUUGUUGGCCUUACGUCUUGGGAGUAGCUGGAAUUUUUAUGAUUCUCACCAUGGGGGCUGUGCUGGUGACUGAAGGAUGCAGGAAGAUAAAACUUCAGUACUACGGAUUUAAAUUAGCUUCUGGUGCAGGGAAUGAAAGCACCCCAGUUACAGAGGUUGAGCCAUAUAUCCCCUUCAACAUCAAUCCGACUGGAAUGCAGCCCUUGCUUACAACCUCAUACUUGCUAGCUUUUCCAAGCAUCAUGGCCAGUAUUUUUGCCUCGCCCUUUUGGGAAAACUUGAGGGAAAUUUUGAAUCCAAAGACUUCAACUGGUGGUACUCCCUGGGUUUAUUACUCGACAUAUGCUUUUCUUGUCUUCGUCUUCAAUAUUUUUGAUAUUGCUAACUUACCCAAAGAGAUAUCUGAUUACCUGAAUAAGAUGAGUGCGAGGGUACCAAGGAUAAAGCCUGGAAGAGCAACAGUAGACUACCUUACAAAGAUACAAACAUCAACGCGUUUUUGGGGAGGUCUACUGCUAAGCUUGCUUGCAACUUCCUCUUUAUUGCUUGACCGAUAUCUCAGGCAAAUAAAUGAAGGGUUUUCAAUAGGGUUCACAUCAGUCUUGAUUAUUGUGGGCUCAAUCAUUGAGCUUAGAAGAUCAUAUCAAGCGUACAAUGUGAUGCCAGCACUAAGCAAAGUUCUGAGGAGAUAUGGUGCUUAAGAGUAUGUAAGCGCCUAAGCAGAUACAUUGGUGAUGAUGACACCAUCCACUAGCUCGUGGUGUUGCAAGGUCGAUUGGCCCAGACACUUGGCAGUUGGCAGUAUAGCACGCAAUGAUGAGAAGCUUACCACUCAAGCUUCUGUUAGAUUCAAAGAUGGAAGCAACAUGGCUUUACAUCGGACUUUAUUGACAAAAAGUGAAAUGAGGAAACAACAAACAUGUCCAGCAAAGCAAGGAACAUGGUUUACGUUGGGUGUUUCGCUUUUGUGUAUUUGUGCACCAGCAGGAAGUUAUUGCAAGUGAUCGAAAAACUUUGAUAUCCUAAUCGAUCGCCAUGUUCCGGAAGGAAGGACCUCCACCGUUCAAAUGCUCCGAAAGGAAGGACCAUUCACAGCCCUUGCUCCUAAAGGAAGGAUCACAUAUUUGUUAGUGUAGUCAUGUUAGAGUGUACGUCUCGGGCUGAGUCGGUCUCGUCAAAGAGCUCUACAAUGAAGUUCAUUUUUGUUGUGCCUGUGAAUGGCCAAAAUCUCACUUUCAUGCACGACUUUGAUCGGAUGGAGAUUGUUUUUUUUUAAUGUGGGUGGUUAGUCUCGAGGAAGCACUUUCAUGCCGUCUUCGUUUAAUACUACAAGCGGUUCACAUUGCAGAUCGAACGUCGUGUACCAGCAUCGCCCAACUUGACUAAACAAAUAUUGUCUAAUUAUAGACUAA